UAUCCUAAAUAUAGGUUAGUGACAAGUGACAAGAAUUUGUAUACGUGUUUUUGUUUUUAAAGAAAUAAUAAAUUUAGAUAAAUUUGGAUAAUUUAAAAAGAACUUGAAGUAGUAUAUUCAUUGAAGAUGGAGGGUUCACUUUUGGAACCAAUUUUAUACAGCGUUAAAGCGAUAGCAAUUUUGGACAGUGACGGUAAUCGAAUUCUGGCAAAGUAUUAUGAUAAAAAUGUUUUUCCAACACCAAAAGAACAAAGAACGUUCGAAAAAAAUCUCUUCAACAAAACUCAUAGAGCCAAUGCCGAAAUCAUAAUGCUGGAUGGGCUUACUUGUGUCUAUAAAAGCAACGUUGAUUUAUUUUUUUAUGUAAUGGGAAGUUCAAAUGAAAAUGAACUAAUCCUCAUGAGUGUUCUUAAUUGUUUGUACGACUCUGUCAGUCAAAUUUUAAGGAAAAAUGUGGAGAAAAGAGCUGUUUUAGAAUCAUUGGAUAUUGUAAUGCUUGCUAUGGAUGAAAUAUGCGAUGGAGGAAUUAUUAUAGAUGCUGACUCAAGCUCAGUAGUUUCAAGGGUAGCGCUAAGAAACGAUGAUAUUCCCAUUGGGGAGCAAACAGUUGCUCAGGUUUUUCAGUCUGCAAAAGAACAGCUCAAAUGGUCGUUACUUAAGUGAGUUUUAUUAUUUAAAAUGUUUUAUUAAUGAAGUUACAGUAAUAUAUUUAAUUGUGUAAUAUACAAAUUUAAAUUUUAUUCAUUAAGAUGAAAAAUAAAAAAAACAAUGAAGCUUA